AUGAUUGUAUUCACCUUGGGAUUAAUUUCACACACAUUUAAAAUUGAAUGGUUAUACAACGUCAAAAACAUAUUACAUCCAAUUGCAUUAGCUUUAGAAUUCAUAGUUGCAAUAGUCUACUGGCCAUUGCGUAUAUUUUUCCUCCAUUUAUUGACUUCCAAACCCAAAGAUUUUAAUAUUCCAAUAAGAACUGAUUUAUCAAUCCAUCUCAUGCCUGUUAUUUCCUUAUUGAUUGAUUACUUAAUAUUUAUGCCACGUUGGACAAUCAAGAAUUCAACAGCAUUGUACUUGAUUGUGAGUUUAACUACUUUCUAUUGGUUUUUGUUGAAACAUUUGAUUGAUGUUGAUAGUGGUGCUAAAUAUCCUUAUGCUUUCAUGGACGUUGAGAAUGAUUCUGAAAGGGUAGUUAUAUUUGGCGUUGUUGCAUUAGUUGCAUUUAGUCAAUUUUUAUUCAUGAAGGAAUUAUAUGAUUUCAUUGUAAGAAAGACUGAAAGGGUUGAUGAUGAAAUAGAUAAGAAAAUAGAUUGA